UGGUUUUUCGUGGUGGUUUGGUGUUUGUUGGGGAGUACACACUGAAUAGAUGUAAUCUCUUUGGGAAUGUUUUCCAGAUACUAAGUCUAAAUUCUUCCUUAUUCUGUUGCAACCUAUUUCUUCUGCUUCACCCCUUUAUUCCCACAUUCCCAGUUGUGGAUAGGACCAAAUUCUGUGCUUGGUCAACUCAUUUGAGUGAAACAGCUUUAAAUGGAAUAAUGGAAUUUCUUACUCAUUUGCAGUUAUGUAACUGGCGAGAGGAUCCAGCCUCUGUAAGGAGAUGCAUUGCCUUUUUACUUUCACAUGGGCACUGUGCUCAUUGUCUCACCAGACUCUUAUGAAAGGGGAAAAUAUAAAAUAUUUUUUAAUUGCCAAAUCAGAUACAAAUGAAAAAAUGACAUUUGUUUUUUUUAAACACAGAUCUUUUACCGAACACAUAUUUAUAUGUUUAUGAUGUUGUGUCAAGUGUAAGUAGUAAUUGUUUUGCCUGGAUGAAAGCCAUGUCUAGCUCAAACUAACCUUAAGCAAAGUCUCGAGAUUGCAGAAAUACUGAGUUCAAUAUAGCAAACAGUUUUCUGAGUACUGCAAGUGUUAUUUUUGUAUUUCAAGUCCAGCUUUCUGGGAUAAAACAGUGAAAAUGUCUCACACAUCAGUUUUCAGUUAAUAGAAGUUUUGAUAUCCCUGAUUUUAUUUGCUUGAAAUUUAAAACAUAAAAUGGUCAUCUCUUACCCUGAGUGGUGGAAGGACCUUGUAACAAACCCCAGAAGAUUAGUGUAGGAGGAGCCUGAUAAUUCUUUUUUCCUUUUUUUUUUUUUUUAAUGCUAAUUCUCCUUUUGCAGUGGGAGUAAGUGAUGUCAUCCUGUCUCCUCCCACUGUGUAAACUAAGCUCGUGUCAAAGUGUUCCUGCCUCUUGCCACAGAGAGAACAGUUCACUUAAAUGCAGCUGCAGUACUUCUGUGCGUUACCUGUCACAAUCAUUCCCAGUGCAAGGCUGGGUUUGUGACUAUGAUGGCAAGAUCGGUUUUUCUCCUUUUCUGUGGAUAUAUUGCGCUAAACCUGGGAAAUGCUCAGAAACUGCCAAGAGUGAAAAGGCAGAGUCUAAAAGUUCAGAUCAAUGCAACAGAUGACACCAUUUGCAUGAGGUAUCUUCGAGCAAGUCAAAACACCAGACUAGAAGGUUUUGUCCUGGGUUAUGGAAGCAGUUUCUUUUCUAAUCAGUACAUUCCUUUACCUUCAGAAGGAAAAAACUACGUAACAGAACUUGAUGCUGAGCCACGCUAUUUGGUUUCAGUAAGACCAUCACGUGUUUCAAGUAACAAGAAAUCUUGUUCAGGUCGGACCAAGAAUCAAAAGCCUCUGCAGCUGGUAGUUGGCACUCUCACCCCAACCUCUGUGUUUCUCUCCUGGGGCAUCCUAGUCAACCCUCAGCGUGACUGGACAGCAACUACUAACUGUGCUAGUGACAGGUUCUAUACAGUUCGGUACAGAGAAAAGGGUAAAGACAAGAAAUGGGUUUUUCAGCUUUGCCCAGUUACAGAGACAGUGGUGGACAAUCUGAAGCCAAACACACUUUAUGAAUUUGGAGUUAAAGACAAUCUAGAAGAUAGUAUUUGGAGCAAGACUUCCAAUCAUAAGACAGUUCUGUCUAGCAAAAAGGUAAAUGGACAUCUCCAGAAUGUGUACAAGUUGGUACCUAAUUCCCAGACACAGCUUAAACUGCGUGAUAAUAAGAGGUUGGUCCCUGUCACAAUAAUCAAACAAGUUAUUCAAAAUCGGACGCAGUCAAAGACUUCAGAUAAUUCUUCGCUCCCAGGAGCAAUAUUAGUGCAUCUCAUUGUUCCGGGUCUCAAUGAAACUCAGCAGAAACUUCCCCCUCUCCUGCCAAUAGAUGACAUACAUCAAGCAUUCACAAAAAAAAUGGCUAAGAAUGAAACUCAAGUGUGGCCUGCUGAAUCCAAAACACCAGCAGUUCAAGAAAUCUCUCCAGAGUCUCUCCCAGCUCAAGCUGAGAAAAAACAUGGACUUGAGGAAUUUAAAUCAACGCCUAAACCCAAAUUGGUGCAAACUCAAAACAUACUGGCUUCUAAUGAAAUACAGCCUCUUCCUUCUGGAUCCAGAAUCUCUGAUGCUCCAAAAAGUCCACUGACAGAGCUCGCUUUUGAGGAAACACAGCCUAUUUCUUCAGGAUCCAGAACAUCUUAUACCACAGAAGUGCAACCAACCAGAUCUGCUUCACGUGACUUUCUUCAUGUUACUUCUACUCCCCAAACUUUUACAGCUUCAGAAAUACGAGGCACUGGUGAAAGGAAGGCUUUUUCUUCAAAAUCCACAACAUCUAGCAUGCCAGAAAUGUCACCAAUCUCAGCUGCAACCCAGAGACCGGAGCUGAAAUCCACCUCGUCUGCUUCGUUGAAAACCACACGGACUGUGAAGGCUACUCGAAGACCCAGGCUGAAGUCCACCACUCCUUCCUCCUUGACAACGCAUCCAACUGUGAUGGCUUCACUGGACUCUGAUCAUGUUACUUUCCCAUCCCAAAUGCCUGCAUAUGCAGAAAUAUCAAACAUAGAGUCUGGAAAAUUUUCAGCUGACCUGGAAAAAUGUGUGUCUCCACUUUCCAGAACACCUCAUGUGCUAACAACAACUACGGCAACAAGUGAAUCCAUUCUGGAAUCUUUCACACCUAAAACUUCUCAUCCUUUUCAAUGGCCAAGGGUAACAUUAGCUCCAAAAGAAAUACCGCUUAUUCCUUCUAAACUGAAGCCAUCUGCUACCCCAGAAGUGCAGCAUGUGAAACCUGCCCCUAAACUGUCACUUUUGGAGCCUAAAGCUUCUCAGACUGUUGAAAAACCAAAAACAUCACUAGCUCCAAAAGAAGCAAAACUCAAACCAUCUGUAUCUAAACGUAGACCAUCUGGCAGACCCAAAAAGCCACGAACUAAACCUGUCUUGGAACCUAUUACACUUAGAAUUGAACCACCAAGGUCAACAAUAGCUCCAAUGGAGAUUGAGCGUAUUCCUUCUAUACCUAAAACUUCACCCAAAACUCAUAUCCCACAAGCCGAAGAUGUCCUGAAAUCUGUAACACUUAGAACUGAUCAACUAAAACCAGCAAUAGUUCCAAAAGAAACACAGCAUUUUACCUCCAAACCUAAAACAUCACCAGGCUCAGAGGUGCCACAAACCAAAGCUGUUCUGGAACCAAUCACAUUUAGAACUGAGAAACCGAAGUCAACAGUGGCUCCUAAUGAUAUACGUCAUGGGACUUCUGAACCUAAAACAUCACCCAGUCCACGUGUUCCUCCAACUAGAGCAAGUCCAAAAGAAAAUCGGCGAGUCUCUUCCAAACCUAGAGCAUCACCAGGUCCAGGCAUAACAUACACAAAAACUGCUCGUCAAGAACCACAACAUACUCCCUUUAAACCUAAAGCAGAUCCCAUCCCAGAUGCUUCACACAGGAAGCCUGAAAUCAUUCCAGCCUUCCAUGAACCAGAUGCUACUGCGAUUCCUCACGUUUCUGAAAGAACAAAGGCAACAUUGGCUCCAACUGAAAAACAGUUCAUUCAUACCAAACCAAAAACAUCUGAAAAACCAAGAGUGCCACACACCAAACCUGCAAUACAUCAGGCAACUCCACAACCAAUUAUUACAAAAUCUACUACCAGCAACCAUUCAAUUGCAACAAUGGCUCCAAAAGAAACACUGCUCAUGCCAGAGGUACCACAGACUAAACCUGCUCCAAGAGCAACACACCUGGGAUCGAUUAACCUUGUAACAGUUCAUGUUGUUGAUGGGUCCAAAAUGACUUUGGCUCCCAGUGAAACAUACCAGAUUUCACCCAAGGCCAAAACUGCUUUAGCAACUGAAAUUCCACACUUCAGUACAGCACCCCAUAAAACACAUCUCACUUCUGCAAGACCAAAGCCAUCUGAUAAAUCACAGACCAGACCAGUUCUUAGCAGUAUCACACUAGCACCAGCUAGAACAAAAGCACCUGGACUGCCAAAGUGGAUUGUGCCAACAACAGAUGAUGCACAUACACAUGAGGAUACUGCCAGACAAACUGGCAUUGAUAUACAAAAACCUUUGGAAUAUAUUGAUACCUGGGAAAAGGCAAUUUCUGUAACCAUGUCACCUGGCUCUCAGCAUCCUCCUAUGCCUCCUCCUGUCAAGCCUACACAAAUGCGAAGGAAACCUCUGCCUCCAAACACUGUGAUUGGUAAACCAGGGAUGCCAGCUAAACCCGCUGGACCAACAACACCUGUGAGGAUAGGAACGUCAUAUAAGAUACCAACAGCUUUUGCAACCCCAGACUAUUAUGUUGAUGCAACUGUCUUCAGCUCAAAUCCUACAUCAGAAACAGAUUCUUCAGGCAAACCAAGGUACCAAGCCCCCCAUGUCAAGUACAUGAAGAAAGAUGAUGAUGUGCCUUGCUCAAUCACAAGCUCUCUUGAACAUUUUCCACAAGAGGAAGCUAACAGCAAGGAAGAACCUACUCGUCCUCCGCAAAAUCCUCCAACAAACCUCACAGUGGUGACUGUUGAGGGCUGUCCAACUUUCGUCAUAUUGGACUGGGAGAAACCAGACAAUGACACUGUUACUGAGUAUGAGGUUGUGUCAACUGAAAAUGGAGUAACUGAUGGUGAAAAGGAGAAAUCGAUUAUCACUACAAAUCAAACUCAUUCUACUGUGGAAAACCUAAAACCUGACACAAGUUAUGAAUUCCACGUGAAACCUAGAAACCCUCUUGGUGAAGGUCCAAGUAGCAAUGUUGUGGCAUUCAGUACUGAAUCAGCGGACCCAAGAGUGAACGAGCCAAUUUCAAUGGGAAAGGAUGCUAUCUGGACUGAAAUCCCAUUCAAUUCAGACACCUAUUCAGAAUGCAAAGGGAAACAAUACGUAAAGAGGACUUGGUAUAAGAAGUUUGUAGGUGUGCAGCUGUGUAACUCUUUGAGAUACAAGAUAUACCUCAGUGAUUCACUUACGGGAAAAUUUUAUAACAUAGGAGACCAGCGGGGCCAUGGAGAAGAUCACUGUCAGUUUGUAGACUCAUUCUUAGAUGGAAGGACAGGACAGCAAGAAGAUCUGCCGGUCAAAGACGGAUUUUUCAGGGCCGUCCGUCAGGAACCUGUCAAAUUUGGAAAAAUUGGUGGAGAGACCGACAUUAACUAUGUUCGCUGGUAUGAGUGUGGAACAUCGAUUCCUGGGAAAUGGUAGAUGCGACGUGAACGUGGAAACAAGGCCUAGCCACUUCCCACCCGCCUCUGCCCAGCAUGGGCUCAGAGAUGGCAAUGUCCACAGUACACCUGGCACUGCAGUUGAGUUUGCUGAUGUGCAAGGGUUUAUAUGAGUCUAAUGCCAAUACUACAUUAAUUGUGUAAUAGCGUAGGCUGCUUACUGUAUGUAGUUAUCCAGUUUUACAGACCUGGUCUUAGAUUUAAAAAAUAAAUUCCAGCCAGGCUAGGGCCAUGUUGUAGGAUACUGUGUAGGGAAGCUGGCUCCCUAUUCCUGAGGUAUGGUUUAUAUGGUAUUUUAAAAGAUACGGUGUGUAUAUUAUUUAUCACAAUGUUGCAAUAAAUGUUUAAGGCACAGUUAUGGCAGAGUUGGUCAUGGAACACAACGUGCUUUAGUUCUUAAGUAUCCAUUGGUCUUCUACAACACAAGUGCCAUAAGCUCCCUGUCCAGAUGGAUCUGUCAUAGAGAAGACACUACAAUUGUUAAUAUCCUGCAACCAGUAAACUUGAAUUGCUGUCUCCUUACCUGUUAUACAAACAGUUUAUACUCCUGCCAGCACACAAGAGGGAGAUUCCUCUACAUGCAGCUUUGCAUCAUCAGGUUAGUGGGUUUUUCGAAGGCUCCAGCUCCAGCAGCAGAGCACAUUCAGCUCCUUGCUGCAGAGCUGGACUGCAAUGGGUGGUUAGGCUACCUGAAAGCAGGCAGGUACUUAUGGACAGAGAGUGACAAACAUGCCCCUCAAGGCUCCAGCUUUUCAUAGGAGUGUAGUUUUUGGAGGCUGAGACUUCCUGGCUCAAAAGCUAAGUGUACAUACAGGGGGCUUGGAAAGAGAGAUGAAAUGGGAAAAUAAUAAGCUAUUGUUGUUACAGCAUAAUCGGUUUAUUUAAAACAAGAAAGUGUUCACUGGGGACAAAGGGGAAAGAGUGAUAACUUAACUUUAAAACUGCCUUACAGUUAAUUAAAACCUCUCCCAAAGCUACUUGUACUGCUUGACCAUUUAUGAACUAAAGAGAUGUAGGUUUUUCUAAAGGUGUUAUUCACAACAUUACUAAAGUAUUUGAAAAAUAUGAACAGGAACAGCCAGAUAUAUAUAUAGUAGAAAUAGUCAUUUAUAGAAAAUGCCUUAUAAAGUACAUUGCAGGUACACUGUACUCCUAAUAAAGUAUUUUUU